AUGAAUCGACCGUCUUCGUGGAUGAAAAUAAUAGACAAAAUAGCCGAAGGGCAAUAUGUACCGCCACAAAAUUCCAUGAAGUACGAAAUGCUGAGAUUUUGUACACUUCGUUCAUAUCCAAAAGAAAAUAAACCAUUUAUAAUUAGAAUCGCGGAAGCUGGGUUUUAUUACGCUUGCAACGGAGACGAAGUAGUAUGUUAUUGUUGUGGUCGAAGAAAAAGUCACUGGAAUGUAAACGAUAAUCCAAUGGACGUUCAUCGACAAAUGAACCCCAAGUGCAGCUUUCUCGUCCGUAAUUCCGAGGUCAAUGUUCCGAUCAAACCAACUGGCGAGACUAGUCGUGAUACUGCAAUCAAACCGGCUGACGAGACUAACCGUGAUUCACCUAAAUAUCCGGAGUAUGCCACUAAAACUGUCCGAGUUGACAGCUUUAAUACUUGCGAUUGCACGGAUAUAUCGCCGGCUAGUCUGGCAGAAGCGGGAUUAUUUUAUGCCGGAUUUAGCGAUUGUACUAGAUGUUUCUAUUGCGGAAUCGGUAUGCGUAAUUGGUCGGAGGAAGAUGAUCCUUGGAUCGAACAUUGUAGAUGGUCAAAAAAUUGCUCAUUCGUAAAACAAAAGAAGGGUUCCGAGUUCGUGAAUCUCGUUCAGAUGGCAGUGCAAUUCGGAAAUGAAGGCAAUGGUAAAAGAGAUAUGGUAGAGAAUCUAUUGCACAAUGACGAUGCUGCCCAAAGUGUAUUAGAAAUGGGAUAUUGUCCACGUAUAGUAAAACACGCAAUUGCCCGAAUACUAGAAUUAAAAGACCAACCACAAUUAACGGCAAAAAGACUGAUGGAAGAAAUAUUCAUUAUUGAAGAAGAAGAAGAAGAACAAAACUCAAAUGGUAUUAUCGCACAAACACAAGAUCGGGACGAUACCGAACAAUUAACUCAAAAUACAUUAAAGGGACGGUAA